UUGUGUACACUGGAUUGUGAGGAGCUUAACAAUAAAAUAGCUGCAAAAAGUCGAUAAUUUUCAAUACGAAAAGUUAAACGCGUAAGCUAAUAACGGAGCCACAUUUCAUUGUGUGAAAGGAAGUUGAGAGUGGCAGCUUUAGCGAGCGGUUUGUAUGUAAUCAUUGGGCGAGCAAAUCACAAGCAUUACUUACAAUGGUUAAGGUAUUCGGACACAACUCGGUUGGUAGAGGAGUUGGUAAAGCCAUGAAGGGCAAAGGCAAGGGUUCCGGUUCCAGCUCCUCCUCGUCAGCCUCGGAAGAAUGUCCGCUGCAGUUUCCGGACGUGAGUCCACUGGACCACACGACUGUAUGCCCUCGCUACACGGCAGUCACACAGGGCGAUACAGCGUUGACCCUUGAUGACGUAGAUACCUUACAGCUGGAAUUGGAGACCCUACUGGUCUCUGUCUGCGGACGUAAACGACAGCUAGCGCACGAGACGCAAGUUCUCGUCUCCUGGCAAGAGAAAAAGAUUCCGCUGCCGACGUGCACACCUGGAAAACGACAGAGGCCGUCAGACGGAAAGCCUGGGUCCAAGAAGUUCAAAGAUGGCGGGAAAGUAUUCACAGGGGGGCGUCCGCCACGGAAACACAUUGGCACGCCGGCGUCUGCACCCCACCACGAGGAGGGGCAGGCAACACCCCAGACUGCACCGCGCAACGAUGCGCCCAAUCGAUUCUGGGCGUCCCUGGAACCGUACUGCGCCGAGAUAACGCAGGACGAUCUUCGCAUGCUGGAAGAGCUGAUCCACAGUCGCGAAGAUGAUGCAGAGUAUUACCGUAUCCCUGCGCUUGGGAGGCACUAUGCACACAGGUGGGCGCAGGAGGACCUCUUGGAAGAGCAGAACGAGGGUGCAAAGGCUACCGCCGCGGGAGAUGCGACAGAGACAAAGCCUUCGCGGAGGACGGUGCAGGACAGCAAGGAGGCAGACAGGAUGCUGAAGGGUGCAACGAAGGAGUUGGAGCAUACGGACACUUGCCCGCUGGGACCCCUAACUCAGAGGCUGGUCUCCUGCUUAGUAGAAGAAAAUCUCAUGUGCUCCGUCGAAGAUGCCGACGUAGGGGGCGCUGCACCCUUAGCAGUCGCAGGAGCGGCCCAGCUGGAACGACGAGUUCGCAGAGAACUGCAGGAGCAGGGACUGCUGGAAGAGGCAUCCGCAGUAGACAGUUCAGAUGACCAGGUUCUAGCUGAACUCCGGAGAUGUCAGGCCGAGCUGCGUGCGCUGAGCGCUCACAACAGCACUCAGCUGGCAACAUUGUUGAAGCGUGCGCGUGACCGGCUCCAGGAACAGGAGCUCCGGAAAAAGCUUCGCAUUGUGGACAACGAGGUCCUCGACGUCUUCCGCAGGAUCUCCUCGACUCGACAGAGGAAGAAAAGCCCCACCAAGAAGGACCGCGAACAAGCCCUGCGUGCUCUACGUGAUCGGCAGGCGCUCGUGAGGCAGGUUGACCGCCUGUCAGCAGGAGGGGCAAAACAUUGAUGUUUCCUGUUUUUACGAUAUAUGUAUUUAACGGUAAUGUAAUAACACAAAAAAUAUUUGUGUUGUUGUGACUGUGUGGGUUUUGAGAAUUGAUUGUGGUGCAGGCUCAUCGUGUGAAAGGAAUAAAUUGAGAACAAACGCU